GGAGGCUCACUGGCCGCCCGAGGGACAAGAAUAAUGGCAAGCUCUGCACAUCGAUUCUGCUCGGUCUUUUUCACCCAGACAAAUUUUGCCAGUCUUUACAGCCAAGAUGAAGUUCCCGGCCUCCACUCUCGUUCAUGUCGUCGUGUUGGGCCUGAGCGGGCUCGCGAACGCUGCAUGUGACGAUUUUGAUCUAGGCGUAACCGAGCCGCGCGAUCUUGGGGGCGAAAUGGCACAGUACAAGAUCUAUGGGAGCGGUUGCAUUUUGAGCCAAGACCUCCAGCUCAACUCCACGACCGGGCAUUGCGACUCUCGCUACUUUGUCUGUCGGCCGCUUACAAAGGAGAUCUAUGCGUACGAUGACCCUGUGACAGGGCUGGCGUAUGCUUGCGUCGACAACCCAGAGGGCUCCGAGACUUGCGGGGAGGGCGACGAAGUCAACCUUUGCUGCAACCUAGGCUAUCCGCCAGACUCAGAUGAGCCGAUAUACAACUAAGUUGCCCAAGUGGGCAAUCAAGGAAAUCUAAUGAUCAGAAUGGGGCAUUGCAUAUGUGCUGAGCUUUUCGUUAUGCUGCUCCGGCGUAUUCAAACCCCGUUCGCAUCGAGCCGACUCCAUCGGAAAACAACGGCAUGUCUUCUUUUGGUGGAAUGGAGUUCGGUGGGAAUCAUUGCUCUUGUUUCAUUCGUUUCAUUGCACAUAAAAGCUUUUUCUUCUCUCCGAGCACAGCCUGAGUAUCCAUUUGAGCCAAAACAAAAAUGUGUAUUUAGCAUGAACAGAAGCUUGCCCGUAUAUUUACACGACCCCAGGUGAAAUGUUCAUGAAUCUCACUAGCAAUACGGGUAUCAUAUCCCUGACCCACAAGGCAUCUCAUGUUAGCGUUGAGUCGCCCCAAACCAUGGAAAUUCGGGUUUGCCUUACCUCAUUUCGGACGGCCAACUGUUCAUAGUCAACAAUUAUAACAGUGCCUAUGUUCAA